UCUCUACGUUCAAAAGUAUUGUUUUGCAUUGUUUACACUUUUUGGCAAAUGGGUGGAAAAAGUUAUUAUUGUGAUUAUUGUUGUUGUUUUAUGAAAAACGAUUUAAAUGUGCGCAAACUGCACAAUGAUGGCAUCUCCCACACAAUUGCGAAAACAAAUUAUAUGCGCCGUUAUGACGAUCCCGAAAAGAUAUUGAUCGAAGAACGAGCAAAAAUACCAUGUCAGCGAUACUUUGGUGGCUACUGCAAAUUCGAGCUGUUUUGCAAAUACAGUCAUUAUAAUGAAAAGGAAAUACAGGAACUGGAAAAAUUAGUUUUGGCUAAGAAGAAGACCAACUACCGAAAGAGAAAGAAAUCCAAUCAAUGGCCCUGGAAAACUCAUCCUCAGAAGGGAUUACCUCCUUCUCUACAAAACAUGAACUUAGCCAAGCUCAAACAAACCAAUUUUGAGCUAGACUGGGGAUAAUUAGACAUUAAAUAUAUAUUCAGAAUAAACACAAUUAAUGUCAAGUA